AAAUGUUAAUAGCAAAAUUUAAUUAGAAAGGAAAAUUAAUAAUGCAAUCAGGCAAUUACAGCUAAAACCCCUCUCUCUCUCUCCUGCCUAAAGGUUGAAACUUCAACUGACAUUUUGAUUUUGAUUUGGCUAAUUUGAUUCCAGUUGAGACCGCAGACCACCAUGAUCGGAAGGAAAAGUGACUUUAAAUGAGAUUCCACUGAUGUCUGGACUUCCAAUUUGUGCAAUUUCUUCGUAAUUUUUUGUGGAAAUACAAGGAAGCUGAGGGAUUCAAUGGCUUGGAGUAAUCCAUUGAAGGAGGUGGCGACUUCCAGGCCAUUGUUCUUGACGAUCUACGCGACCGUGAUUAUCGGAAUCUUAGUUUCCUCAUUUUAUGUCUUCUCCGCAGUUUUCUCCGGUUCCAACUCCAUCUCUUCCUCCUUCCUGGUUGCGUCCGGCGACAACGCCACUGAAUCACAUUCAAUAUCCUUCCAUCCGGCAUCUGAUUCUUCCAAUCACGUAGUGGCUGGGGUGGCACCAGAUAAUACCUCUGAACAUAGAAAAGAACCUCUGCAACCUAUUUGGAAGGCACCUCCUCCUGGUACCAAAAUGCCACCUUUAGAGAUUUUCAAAUUGACGAAGGACCUGGUUCGGAAAAGGGUGAAGGAUAAUGUUAUAAUUGUGACGUUUGGUAAUUUUGCGUUCAUGGAUUUCAUUCUGAGUUGGGUUAAACACUUAUCAGAUAUGGGGGUUGACAACCUUCUUGUUGGCGCAAUGGACAUAAAAUUGUUGGAGGCUCUCUACUGGAAGGGUGUUCCAGUUUUUGAUAUGGGUAGUCACAUGAGCACAUUAGAUGUUGGAUGGGGCACUCCAACAUUUCAUAAGAUGGGUAGAGAGAAGGUUAUUCUUAUAGAUUCUUUCUUGCCUUUCGGCUUUGAGUUACUGAUGUGCGAUACUGACAUGGUCUGGUUAAAGAACCCCCUUCCUUAUCUUGCACGUUUUCCUGAAGCAGACGUGCUGACUUCUACUGAUCAAGUUUCACCAACAGUAGUAGAUGACCGAUUGGAUGACUGGAAAUUAGCUGGUGCGGCCUACAACAUAGGAAUUUUUCACUGGAGACCAACUCCAUCUUCUAAAAAAUUAGCAAAAGAAUGGAAGGAAAUGCUUCUAGCAGAUGAUAAGAUAUGGGAUCAAAAUGGUUUCAACGAGAUUAUCCGCAGGCAGCUUGGCCCAUCUGUUGAUGAAGAUAGUGGACUUGCAUAUGCUUAUGAUGGAGAGCUUAAGCUAGGUCUUCUCCCAGCAAGUAUAUUUUGUAGUGGACAUACUUACUUCGUCCAGGCCAUAUAUGAACAACUUAGGCUGGAGCCAUAUGCUGUGCACACCACAUUCCAGUUUGCUGGUACUGAAGGAAAACGCCAUCGGUUACGUGAAGCUAAGGUUUUCUACGAUCCACCUGAGUAUUAUGAUGCCCCAGGAGGAUUUUUGACAUUUAAACCUAAUAUUCCAAAGAAUUUGAUGUUAGAUGGAGAUCAUAACAUUGACUCUCACUUUGCCCUUGUCCAUUACCAAUUAAAGCAGAUACGAACUGCUCUUGCCAUUGCUUCGUUGUUGGGUCGCACAUUGGUAAUGCCUCCACUAUGGUGCAGGUUGGAUAGGCUGUGGUUUGGACAUCCAGGGGUUUUGCCGGGCACCUUGACUAGGCAACCAUUCAUUUGUCCUUUGGAUCAUGUGUUUGAGGUUAAUGUAAUGUUAAAAGACCUCCCGGUGGAGGAAUUUGGACCAGGGAUUAAUUUUAGAGAGUAUUCUUUGUUUCAAAAUCCUUAUAUGCCGCAGCAGGUGAAAGAUUCAUGGCUUGAUGUGCAUCUCUGUCAAGAAGGAUCACCGGGUUGUGCAGUUUCAAACAGCACAAAUCCAGCGGGAAUUCUCAAGUUCCCUAAACAAAGUACAGAGGAAACGUUCAAAACCAUAUUCUCACCCUUGAAGGAUGUCAAAGUCAUUCAGUUCUCAUCAAUGCAAGAAGCCUUCUUAGGAUUCAGUGACAAGGAGAAGGAAGAAAGAUUCAGGAAGCGUGUGAAGCGGUAUACAGGCAUUUGGUGUUGUACGGAGGAUCACACUCCAGGCCACAUAUACUACGACAUGUAUUGGGAUGAGAAACCCGAUUGGAAGCCUAAACCUCCCCAGACUCGAGAAGAGGAUCACCCCCCAUUUUGAGGCUUGUCAUUUUGUAAUCUUAUACCUGCACUGCAAAUCGGAGGAUAAAGAAGAAAGCGGCAAAAUGUUGCAAUCCUUAACCACACGGUGUCUAGGUUUGAUGGGGUAUGCGAAUCGAGCUCUCAAAAUCUAUAUAUAGACACCGACACGAGUUUCUUUUUUCAUUUUCUCUUGUUUUUCUUGUUUUCCCAUCUUUACUUCGGUCAGGUUAGUGUCAAAGCUUUUUCUGUAAUCUGUACCUUAGAACAUAAUAAAUACAAAUUUUAUGUUUAUUCAGAAAGAUGUUGGGCUCCAAGGUAGCCAUGCGAAUUUUUGUUAGUUUUGAUGAAGAGAAAGAGUUCUUUUGCUCAA